AUGUCAUAUAAACCUAGAUUUACAUUGAAAGACGAUGAUGAUACCGAGAGUUACAUCAGUGCUGCUCAAAACACUGAGAGGAAGACGGUGAAUGAUGCGGAGAAGAAAAUCUCUGAGCUUGAGAAGGAGAAUACAUAUGAGCCCAAAACUAUGUAUAGUAGGAAAUACCCCAACGACCUUCCACAAAAAGAAAAAGACGGGUAUAAACAACAAGAGCGCGGCAAUGGAUCUCCCUCAAGAAAUUAUUCAAAAGAAAUGCAACGGAAGUAUACGCCUUAUAAUAAUCGUCCAAAGAGUGCAGUCUCUUCCGAAGUGUUUAGUGAAGAAGCACAACGAAAGGAAUAUCCACGGGAACGACGAGAAGACGACCGUAGUCUCAGAAGCUCAACACCACAAUCAAAGACACAAAACACAACAGAAGAGGACAAAUAUGUACCUCUGAAGUCUACCGACCCAUCAAACACAACACAAAAAACUGUUCAAAAAGAGACAAAAGUGGAGGUCCCAUUGAAGGAGAUGAGUAAAGACGAGCCAAAAAAACAAGUGAUAAAAGACAGAACACCGGCAACUCCAAAGGACUUGUCGACGUUGAGGAAAGACACUUCGCAACUCCCAACAAACUGCUCGGCGCAUCUUCUGUAUGUUCAAAGUCAAAUCAAACAGACCGAAAUGUUACUUGCGGAGUUGAAGGAAGAAGAGAAUCGGUUGAUGAAUACAGUGACUCGUGGGGGUAUUUCAAAGCAGACAGAUACAACUGUAGUGUUAGAUGUCUUAUGUGUUCUACCUAAUGGAAAGCAGGCGUGGAUUAAUGUCACCAAAGAUGACAAUGCCGAGACUAAAGCUGCGGAGUUUGCAAAGGACUAUCAAUUGUCGAAAGAGAAUGAGGCAAAGAUCACGGAGAUCAUUACACAAGUCCAACAGGAACAAACGGCUUAA